AUGGCUGAUCCAAUCGAUCGUUUAACUGAUUCGGUAACUAAUGGCCUCGCAAUUGCAGCAUCUUUUUCAAAAGAAGCAGCAGUAAUAGCCGAUACUUUGGGACCAUUUAUUCCAUUAAUAUCGGAUAUAACGCAUUUAGUAUCAGACAUUAUCGAACUUUAUCAAAAGGCUGAACAUAAUAAGAGGAUUUGUGGUUCAUUGUUAUCAAGAGCAACAGCAGCGGAAACUGCUGUUAAUAUGUUAAAAAUUCGUAGACUUGAAAAUGAAGAUGUAUUUAAAUCAAGGGAAUAUUACAACAAUUUUCAAAAAUUGGUCGUGGUGAUUGAUAAAAUUAAGGAAUUCAUCGAAGAGGUAUCACAAAUUAAAGGGUUGAGAAAAUUUUUGGCUGCUUAUUCUAUCGAAGAGAAAUUUACGAAUUUAACCGAUGAAUUUGAUGGAUUAAUGCGCGUAUUAAAUUUUACUAUGGCUGUACAAAAUCAAAUUCAAAUGGAUGAAGAUCAUAAAGUAUUAAUUUCGGAUGUAAAGGAAAUGAAUAAAUAUUUGAAGACAAUUGAGGGUGGUAUUGUUAAUGAUUUGAAAGAGAUUAAUGCUUCGUUAGAUGAUAUCACUCAACUUAAUAUCGCAUGGCAAAAAAGAGUUUUACAAGAGGAUAAUAAUGUUUUAGAAUCUGCAACGAUUAAAAUGACGGAAAUUCAUGAUCCUCACGAGACAGUAAAACGAGGAUCAAAAGUUUAUAAAAAAAUUCGAAUGGGCGAGGAUAUAGCAAUUAAAGAAAAAAUUUUAGGAGAUGAUGAAAAGAAACUUAUGAAUGAUAUUCUUAGUCAAGUAGUUAUCUUGAAAAAAUUAAAGGAAUCUCAAUAUAUACUUCAAUUUUACGGUAUCGCACAGGAUGCAAACGCAAUUUAUAUGGUAACCGAAUGGUGCGAUUAUGGUAACCUGAAAGAAUUUUAUCAGGAUUAUGGACCCCUUGAUUGGCAUGAAAAAACUCAACUAGCUGUGGAUAUCGCUCGUGGUUUAACCUUUUUACAUACGGUUGGCAUCUUACAUCACGAUAUUCGCUCCGAAAAUAUCCUAAUCACUAAUCAUCGUCAGGCGAAACUUGCCAACUUUACAUUAAGUCGUGGAUUUAAUGAUCCCACUAAAAAUAUGAUGCCUACGAUCGAUACAGUUAGAUGGAUGGCACCGGAAAAGUUGAAAGAUCAUAGAAAUCUUUAUACGGCCAAAUGCGAAAUAUACAGUUUCGGUAUGUUACUAUGGGAAAUUGCGGAGGAAAAAAUACCUUUUAGUAAUGAAAGGGAUAUAUUAAAAAUUAGAAAUCUUAUCGUAAAAGAAAAUGUUCGUCCGUCAUUUAGUAAUACAAUUCCACCCGAAUGGGUUAAGAUUACUUAUCAGGCAUUACAUGAUAGUCCAAAUGCACGUCCUCCGCUUAGAGAUAUAUUCAUGACGCUUAAUCAUCUUUAUAGAAAAUUUGCACCUUCACCAUCUUCUCGACCAAAUUCAUCACGAUAUCCAACAGAUGACGAUUUACCGAGUGAUGAUGAGCUUGACCUUGCUAUCGAAGAUCUUUCUAUUAAUGUUAUUACUGUUAGAGAAGCUAUAUCAGAACAUAAAAAGAAAGAUGGUGAUAAAGUCAAGUCUUGGGAUAGUUUUAAAUAUCAUGCUGAUGAAUUUAACGAUAUUACAGCGAGGUAUUGGAAAGGGUAUUAUUUAUAUUACGGACUAUGCCCAAUUGAUGAUCCAUCGGAUAAAGUAGCAAAAAGAGCAAGGUUAGAAGAAGCAGCAAAUUUAUUUAAGGAAGCCGCAGACUAUGGGUUAUCAGAUGCCCAACUGAGAUAUGGUCAUUGUUUAUGGUCUGGAGACGGUGUAAGGAAAAGUAUUUCACAAGCGAUAGAAUAUUUUCAAUUAUCUGCAGAUGGCGGUAAUCCCACUGCAAUGUAUAACAUUGGUAAUUUAUAUUAUAAUGGUCUUGGUGUACAAAAAGAUGAAGAAAAAGGAGUAAGAUAUUUAAGAUUAGCUGCUUUAAGAGAACAACCUAAAGCACUUGAGAUGUGUAAGAGGAAAUGUAUUUCCUUAGUUUAA